AUGUCUGUAGCCGAAAAUACAAGAUCACGAAAGGAUAAAAGAUCUCAAAAGGAUGACAUAGAUCAUGAGGAAGUCCCAGAAACAAGCCAAAUCCCUCAAGCCGAUCAGAACAUUGAGAAGGUAGACAGUUCAAGACAUGUUAGAGAAGACCCAUCAACCCCCCUCUCCAAAGCAAUCAAAAGCAUUCGCUUCAAGAGACGUGUUGCAAUAGGGAUGAUCACCAGAUAUAUUAAUGCGACCAACAAAAUGAUGGAAGAAAAACGUAGUCGGACUGCUAUAAAGAGAAAUCUACAUGACAUCCAAACUAAAUUUAAAGAAGUAGUAGCCUACAAUGACCAGCUCGAAAAGUAUCUUGAAGGGGAUGAAGAAAUACUCGCGGACAUGUAUAUCCUCACUGACUUAACAGUCGACGUAAAUUGCAUAACUGGCAUGGUACAGGAACAUCUACAAGACCGAACCGGUGAGACCUCGACAUACGUCGGUUCAGAGACUAGUUCACAGCACAGUAGUCCACCCCCCGAGCCCCAAGUGGAAGGUGAUGAUCAAGAUGAAACUGACAAGCAGAAACUGGAAGAACUUGAAGCUGAACAGAAGAGAAAAGAUGAAGCAGCCUACCUAUCAGAAUUAGCCCAGCAGAAAAGAACCGAAGCUGCUCGACUCGAAUUAGAAGCAGAGGAAGCUGAAAGACAGUCAGAAGCCAUUGGAGGUGGGUGUAACCAGUCCGGACAAAAACUGCCUGCAAACCUGCCAACACAGCCAGAGAUAUGCGGUAAAGAAAAGGCUGCACUUUAUGUACAACACCUCGAACAAGUCCAGACACAGGGAGCCCAAUCUGAAAAUGCCAGUGAAGAAGAUUGGAUCGUUGGAUUUCGAAAGACACUGAAAGUUAAUGUUCGAUCAGUGGACCCUGGAAAAAUCCCCGUAAGAGCAGAUGUGCCUAUUUAUAAUGGCGAUCCAUUGAAGUGGUUGUCCUGGAGUGGUCUCUUCAAAGCGCUUGUACACAAUACGAAGAUGACCUCGGAAGCCAAGAUGGGAUUCCUUCACACAAAGCUUUCUAAAGAAUGUGACCAAGUGAUUGCAGGUCUAUUCCCAGACGACGAAGGAUAUGCCGAAGCCCUAAUGCUAUUACGGGAUAGAUAUGGUCAUCCAACUACGCUACAAGCAGCUCAUCUACAAGUAUUGAAAUCGCUACCUGCUGUCGAUUCUGGAGACCCGGACAGUUUAGCAAUUAGUUUCCAGACCUUCGUUGAUCAAGCGAGAAGUCACCUUGCUGUACUAAAACGAUAUAGUAUGGGAGAAUCUCCAUUUGUGUCGUCUCUUAUUUAUGAACUGACUGAUAAGUUACCACAGGAGGAUGCAAAGGCCUGGCGGACAAAAGUUGGUGAAGGUCAGGUGAAGAUGACGCUAGAAGCAUUCAGCACAUGGUUGGGAGCAAGAGGAAGGUGUUAUUGGAGUGCAUUGCCCCCACAAAAUACUCGAAGAAAAGAAUAUC